AUGAUUCAUAAACGUCUACCUCUUGGACCGAGUCCACUUCAAAGAUCAAGACGUUCUGCUACUAAAAAAGAUAAAAUGGUGACCGAAAAGGUGGCCAAAAGAUGCAGGAAAGAGAUGACACCACAACUUGAUUUGUAUUCAGCUAUUAAAGAGUUUAAUGUAUUAAGUUCUAAGGAGCUUGGCAGCCUAAUAAGAGAUGCUGAAAAUGGUAUCAUCAAAUGUACUAUAAAUGGAUCAUCAUUUGAGAUUACUGUGGAAAAUCUAGCAAGACAUCUUGUCGAGCACAUAUCGAAUGAAGUAUCAUCACUUACCGUAGAUGAGCAGCAUUUCAGAAAUUUGUUAAGCGGUUUAAGAUUUUUGCAUACUCUAUGUGACAUUUCAUCUCACCACUUAGCACUUGCGCGGGUUUUGGCUGAAGAUAUUAGUGUACAGAAGAAGAUGCUUGAUUCGAUAUUUAACUUGAUUAGUUUUCUUAGUCAGUUCGGAGAGAAAAUCAAUGGCUCAAGCCUUAUGGUCCUGUACUCAACAUUGUUGUCUAAUAGUAUGUAUUUAUUUAAAGCUUUAAUUUCUUCGGAGUGGAAAGUCAUUGCUGAUGUUCUACUUGCACAUCCUGAGGUUGAUGACUUCAUAAUAGCAGCUUUUAAUGCUGUCUGUGUAAAUGUUAAUCUUCUUCAAGCGACGCUGACAACUCAGCGUAUAAAUAACUGUCUCUUCCAUCUUUGCGAAUCUUCUCUCCAGUUUCUUCUAUCGCUAUGCAAACUGCAGAUAUUAUUUCGGGAGCGCCUUGUUCAGAAUAAGGAGCUAUGUGGUGGAGGUGCUGUUUUUCGGCUGGUUGAAAACACCUUGAAACUAUCACAAUAUGAUGAUCCAAAACUUUCAAGUGUGGUUAAUAGGCUUAAAUCGAAAGUUUUAUCCAUCAUGCUACUUCUUUUUCAAGCAGAAUGCUUAUCUUUUAUGGAUAUGGCUUCCACUAAAAUCAAGGGUUCAGCUGAGUCUGCGGUUUCUGAGAAAAAAGUUUUGACCCGAGUCUUUUUGCAACCUCAAAGAGAGUUCAUAUCAACUUGGUGUACCUAUGAUCAUGAGCCAGCCGAAGAGGAGAUUGUUGUGGAUUUUAAUCCCACAUCAGCAGCUGGACUGGUGUUGGGUUUGAACUCAUCAUUCAACGUCCAACAUUCUACAUGGAGUAACUUUCAGGCUCCUCGUACUCCUUACCGGGUUCAGAGGUCAUCUUUACUAAUCAAGAUAGUCGCCAAUCUCGCAUGCUAUGACCCUGAUCUAUCUGAAGAUGAAAAUGCUUGUUUUAUCGAUGCAUUUCUUGAGUGCUUGCAAGCAGAAUUUUCUAACUUACCUGGUGGUGCUGCAGAAAGAAGAGCCGCCGCAAGCAAAAACCUAUCUUCCUUAUUAGCCUAUGCAGAAUCUUUGGCUCCGAGUUACCUGCAUGAAGAAGAUGUGAAUAUUCUCAGGUGGUUCAUUAAUCAGCUGGAGAAACCACCUACGGCUCAAGAAUCCUCUAGCCGCGGAGUUAUGGUAAAAGUAAUUCAUAUUUAG